GAAUCUUUGGAUUGUUUGACCUUGGAAAAUUUCAGAAUGUUUUCAAAUCUGUAUCAUCUAAUUUUUAAAGUGCAUUAAUUAUUACAUUAACGACUUUAAUUAACGUUCGUUGAGGAAGUUUUUUUGUGGCUUACGUAUUUAUUUUAUUGGGUGAAAACCACAUGACAAAGCCAUAUGAUCAACUAUUUACAUGGCUGUCACAGUGUAACUGACCGUUAUUUUACUUUUUUUUAUUGCUGUUUACUGUUACAAGUAUAUUUGCAUGACAGUCAUGAAUUAACCAAACUACUGCUGUAAGCAAGCUAUAUUAAUUAUAAAGGUUAAUUGGCUCCAAAUUAACAAUGUGGAGCAUAUGGCUUACUCUCUAUAUGAAUUUUAUUAAACUAUUUCGACGUAUUAACUGCAAGUACGUAGACGUUGACUAAGCAGGCAACUAUAUGAAUUAUUUUAUGCCUGCUAAUAUAAUAUGCACCAGUGGAGAAACAUUGUCAACUGCUUAAGUGUUAAUCAUAGUGUUCAUCCAUCAGCACCUGUGGCUCCCAAUCAUAGUGAGUUUUUGCAGAUAAGUAAUAAUGUAAAAAUAAGAGUGAUACAUGUAAAGGGAAAGGGUGUGGAUUGCAAAAUUUCUGAAGAAAACAAAGAGGUAGUAAAUAAUGCUGAAAAGAGGCCACAAAGUUUAUAUGAAGAAUAUUGGUUUACACGUAGCAACAAACCACCAAAGUUUCAAAGAUGUAGCUGUUCUUUUAGAAGAUCUCAAAGACUGUCAGGAGUGAUUUUCACUAAAGAUAAUGAGAGUGCAUUAAUAGGAAGUUGUGAUACAAUACAGAAUAUACGACUGAGAUGUGUAGAAUUAUUUGUUGAAAAUGUUAUUGAUGACUGCUUAUUUGAAGCAUUUAAAGAGUAUGUUUCAAAGUCUUGUCAGUCUUCAAGUGGAUUCCAUAAUUUAGGAUUUGAAAGUAGUGAAGACUGUGAGAAUAUAGCAAUUAAGAUUAAUGAGAGAAAGCAGAUCAUAGAAAAUUGUCUAGAAACAAGAAAUAAUCCAUGUAAUAUAGAAAAAAAUGGUAUAGUUAAUUCAGAAAGCCAAAAUCCUGUUGUAAGACUUCGUAAUAGUAGUACCCAUAAAUUUAAUUCUCAGACAACUAAUAAGAAAAGACAUUGCACACAUAGUUCAUCUGCUAUUUCUAAACCUCUUAUUAUUCUUUUCCAUGGAAUUGGUACUUCAGCAGAUGUUUGGUGGUCUGUGAUAAACUGCCUGAGUUUGAAUGGCCAUGAAGUAGUAGCUCCAGAUAUGUUAGGACAUGGGUAUAGUUCAGUGCCAAAUCAAGCUGGGGUAUAUAAGUUCAAGAAUUUAGUAAAACAAGCGUUGGCUGUCUUUGAACAUUAUGUAGAAUCAAGUGACUCAAGAAAGAUAAUUGUAAUAGCUCACUCUUUAGGGUGCAGUAUUGCCACAGCUCUUUGUAGACACAAAGUACAACAGGUAUCCCAGUUAAUUUUGAUUAGUGGUGGGGGACCAACACCCUUGGCACCCCCUGUACAAAGUGAAAUUCCUUUAGUAAGGUGUCUGCAGACUAUUUUCAAGCCUCUCUUAUUCUGUGGGGUAAAACGGACUUUGCUGUACUCCUCAAGGGGGAAACAUUUUGAGUGUUGUGAGAAAAGUAAAACUGUAGUGCCUGCCCAUGUCUUACACUAUAUAGAGAAGGGACAGUAUUGGCCUGAGGGUGAUGCAGCCUUUCACAGAAAAAUUCACAUUCCUACAUUACUUGUAUAUGGUUUACAAGAUAAACAAGUCACUCUAGUUCAAGAAUGUGAAAUGGAAAGGACGAUUCCGAGGUCGUUUUUAGAAUUAAUACCUAAUUGCGGGCAUCUUCCUAUGUUGGAAACUCCAGAACAGUUAAAUCAUAUGAUUACUUGUUUUAUUGACUGGUGGAAUAGAUAAUAAAGCUUAUUUUUUUUUGUAAUUACAUUAGAAUGUGAAACUGUACGUAAUAAUGCUCUUGCAAUUUGUAAAUAUUACC